AUGGUGGAGCUACUUUUAAAAAGUAAUGCAGAUCCGAAUCUUGUUACUACUUUUUUAACACCACUAAACUGUGCUAUUAGUGAAAAAAACUUACUAAUUACAAAGCUUCUGCUGGCAUACGGUGCAGACGUUAAUAGUGUAAGUGGUUUUGGUUUUUCAUUAGGAAGUUCUCUACAUUUUGCUGUCAAAUGCCUGAACACGGAAGCAGUAGAAUUGAUCCUUAAUGAUAGUAUGGUUGAUCCAAAUAUAGUGACAGUGUGUGAAAAUUCAGCGCUUCAUUACGCAAUUGAGUUCGCGAUCGACGAUAAGAUCAUAAGACAACUUCUAAAUGCUGGUGUUGAUAUCAAUUUAAUAAACAGUGAUGGUGAAAAAGCUUUUACUUCAAAUCUAAUUCACCAAUAG